CUUCUCAUAGGGUGAUGUCCCCUCGAGCCCACGUUCUCUCCUGUCACUGUGACGCCUGUGCCAUAUGCACAGCCCGCUCCCUCACGUUCCCGGCGCAAGGAGACCUCAGCGUUGAGGCGUGAUGGAACCGGAGCUCGGCCAGCGGAGGCCCCGCCCCGUUGUGUGACGCGCAGGGUGGUGCGCGAGGAGUUGGGUGGCUGGGAGUGGCUUUCGAAGGAGACCUGGGGGCCGGGGCCGCCUUCCCACGCCCAGCUGCCGACUUCACUCGCUCCGUGGAAUCGGAGUAGCGGCGGCGACCUCGGCCUCCAGAGUCUCCGGCGGACUGAAGCGGCGGUGGCGCCUGGGAUGGCGUUGCUGGGCUUAUUGCAGGCGGGCGGAUCGGUGCUGGGGCAGGUGAUGGAACAGGUAACAGACGGUAGCCGCCUGUCCGUGCUGCUGAUCGCCUGCACCUUCACUCUCAGCCUGGUCUACCUGCUCCGUCUCGCCGUUGGCUACCUGGCCCCGCUGCCAUUGGGGAAGAAAAAUCCACCAUACAUUUUCUCUCCAAUUCCAUUCUUUGGACAUGCAGUAGCUUUUGGGAAAAGUCCAAUUGAAUUCCUUGAAAAUGCAUAUGAGAAGUAUGGACCUAUCUUUAGUUUUACCAUGGUGGGCAAGACGUUUACUUACCUUCUGGGGAGUGAUGCUGCUGCACUACUUUUUAAUAGUAAAAAUGAAGAUCUGAAUGCAGAAGAUGUCUACAGUCGUCUGACAACACCUGUGUUUGGGAAAGGAGUUGCAUAUGAUGUGCCUAAUCCAGUUUUCUUGGAGCAGAAGAAAAUGUUAAAAAGUGGUCUUAACAUAGCCCACUUUAGACAGCAUGUGUCUAUAAUUGAAAAAGAAACAAAGGAAUACUUUGCAAGUUGGGGAGAAAGUGGAGAAAAAAAUUUGUUUGAAGCUCUUUCUGAGCUUAUAAUUUUAACAGCUAGCCAUUGUUUACAUGGAAAGGAAAUCAGAAGUCAACUCAAUGAGAAGGUGGCACAGCUGUAUGCAGAUUUAGAUGGAGGAUUUAGCCACGCAGCUUGGCUCUUGCCAGGUUGGCUUCCUUUGCCUAGUUUCAGGCGCAGGGACAGAGCUCAUCAAGAGAUCAAGAAUAUUUUCUAUAAUACAAUCCAGAAUCGCAGACAAUCAGAGGAAAAAAUUGAUGACAUUCUCCAAACUUUACUAGAUUCUACAUACAGGGAUGGGCGUCCUUUGACAGAUGAUGAAGUAGCAGGAAUGCUUAUUGGACUACUCUUGGCAGGGCAGCAUACGUCUUCUACUACUAGUGCUUGGAUGGGUUUCUUUUUGGCCAAAGACAAAAUGCUUCAAGAAAAAUGUUAUUUCGAACAGAAAACAGUCUGCGGAAAUGAUCUUCCUCCUUUAACUUAUGAUCAGCUCAAGGACCUAAGUUUACUUGAUCGUUGUAUAAAAGAAACAUUAAGACUUAGACCUCCUAUAAUGACCAUGAUGAGAAUGGCCAAAACUCCCCAGACUGUGGCAGGCUACACCAUUCCUCCAGGACAUCAGGUGUGUGUGUCUCCCACUGUCAAUCAAAGACUUAAAGACUCGUGGGUAGAACGUCUGGAUUUCAAUCCUGAUCGCUAUUUACAGGAAAACCCAGCAUCGGGAGAGAAGUUUGCCUAUGUGCCCUUUGGAGCUGGACGUCAUCGUUGUAUUGGUGAAAAUUUUGCCUAUGUUCAAAUCAAGACAAUUUGGUCCACUAUGCUUCGAUUAUAUGAAUUUGAUCUUAUUGAUGGAUAUUUUCCCACUGUGAAUUAUACAACCAUGAUUCACACCCCUGAAAACCCAGUUAUCCGAUACAAGCAAAGAUCAAAAUGAAAAAAGCAACAAAAUACUAAUGUGUGAAACAUCACUGUAAACUGCAAAAGCAUUUGAAGAGAAUGGAGUUUACUAAACAACUCUUGGUGUCCUGUUUUAUUCAGUGUGUAAUUUAAAAAGACAGCCAGUUUAAUUUGUGACAUUUUAUUAACUGAGUGGUUAUAUCAAUUCUGAUGGCAUUGCAACAUUUUCUAAUAGUGUUGUGCUUUAAGGAAGUCAAACUCAUUAGUAAAAUGAUUUAAAUUGUUUUGGGGGGGAUCCAGGUACUUAGCAAAUUCUAAGUAACUCAAUUUCCAGGUACUAAUUUUAAGAGCAUACGUAGUUCUUGGCAAGUAACUAUAAGGUGUACAAAUCUUGGACAGUUCUGCAAGGUAUAGAAAGCCCAGUGAGAUACCAGGAAUCCAUAGGUUAUUCAUUUUCCUAGAUAAUUAAAAUUUUUUUUUUUAAUUUUUGUGUGUUGGGUGGGAGGAUAGGGAAUAAACUGUUACAUUUAAAGACUUUGCUAAAAGAAUACUAUUAAUUUAUGUUUUUGGAUGGUUUGAUGAUACUCAUCAAUGAUGGCGCUGUGUUAGAGAAAACAAUGUCAUUUGAAAUUAUAACUGUAAGUCCUGUCUAUUGAAAUUGAGAGAUGGCUCUGUGAUGAAGACUUAAUCAUAUUUCAUAAAAAAAUUACUACCAAAGACAGUUCAUCUUACUUGGUCUAAUUGCUAAAUAGUACGUAUUUAUCCAUCUGAUGGAUAAUUUAUCUGGUUUCAUACACCAUAUCUGUGUGAAAGUCCAAAAUAAAGUCUUUAGGGGAUAAUUUAGUUUUUCUUCUUUGGCACAAGGUUGUUCCUUGCUUCCUCCCCAGAAUCCGAUUAGUAAUAGUUCUAUUACUAGUUCUGUUUAAAGCUUAGUUUAGGUUAACCAGCUUUCUUUCUUUCUUUUUUUUUUUUUUUAAAAUGAAGUCUGAGAUCAGGGAAAUCUGGCUUUAACAACAUAGGGUGAUAGGAAGCAGGGUCCUUGGGAGAAGUGUUGGUCAUAUUCUGUAAAGCCUGUCUGUUUUCGAUUUUUUACUAGAUGAGACCAAAAUAUUUUCUCUUAAGUUCUGUUUAUGUAAGUCAAAGAGGUUGGAGGAGCCAUGUAAAGCUUUAUUUGUAAAGGAAAAAUCUCUGCUGUUAGCUUUUCACAUGAAAAUCCUGUGGAAAAAAUAGUGCGUAUUCACAAAUUUUAAAGUGUUGCUUCAGUGAGAAUUCACAAAAUCCAGGAACUUGAAUGGGAAAAAAAUGAUAUCUUUAUUUUCUCUAAUUUCUAACUGGAUUUAGUAUUUCAAACUUCAAUUAUGAAUUUAGGCAAUAAACCACAAUAGUGAUAGCAAUACUUAACGAUUUUGCCAAUAGAAACCAUAGAUAUUUUCAUAUUACAUAAUAGAUGUUGCAGAGCUCUUAAAAUAUCUUUUACUCACAUCACUACUUUGAAAUUAUGAUAGUUAUUAAAACUGCUGCUAGAUCUUAUUUUAAUGCUUUAAUCAUUUGUAUUAUGUCACAUACUUUUUAGAAAAGUUUGAUAACUAUUUCUAAUUUAAUUGAUUUUCUUUGCAGUCCUAUAAAUUUUAUGUAUUUAAAAGCAUUCUCCAUGAGAAGGGACUCAAAGUUUCACCAGACUGCUAAAGAGGUUCAUGGCACAAAAAAAAAGUAAAAAAUUCAAGGUAAGGCUACACUACAUUUAGUGAGUAGUUUGUUUUAGACUUUUAAGGAUUUAGUUUUUAAUCACGGAAUACUGAAACAUUAACAAGCUUAAGACUGUAGAGGAGUCCUAAUAUCAUGAGGAGGGCUGAUGGUCAGUGGCAAUGAAUUCAGAUGGUCCAGCUGCUCCUUUUUCCAAGCUCUCCUAAAGCAGAAUAGCUUUGAAUGGCAAGCAAUGCUAAUUACCUAUAACAACCCUCUCCCUUCAACUAACUCUUUAGAAUACUUUUGCUAUUUCUAGAACUCCUCUAAUUGGAAACCAGAUGCUAAAAUAAAAAAUUUAGGUAAUCUGAAAUUUCCAAGAAUGUAGAAUUUGGUUAGCAUGGCCUGCUUCUGGUGAUCUAAAUUCUAGAACAUCAAAUGACAAGGCAAAAUCCUCUAGGUAUAAGCAUCAAAAACGACUACUCUUGCUAUUUGAGUGAGUUACCAUCUUAUUGGGAUUUUUAGUAUCUCUGUGAGGGCUUCCCGAUCUCAAUAGGGCUUGUAAGGCAGGAAUACUGUCUAACUCUGCUGCAUUGUGGUUAAUAAAAUUUUAGUUUUUGAGUUAAA